ACAUGUCAAGGUACAUCACAUACUAGUAAAUAUGACAUCAGGGUUGGGUUUUGCUCUUCUAGCAUUGAUCCUGUCAGGGCCCACAGCGGCCUUUGUCCCCAUCGGUGGUGUGGCAUCUACCCAUAUCAGUAUUACAGGAGCCGCACUGUUGCAAAAAGUAAUGGAAACAUGUCAGUCACUGGCUGAGGCUGCUGGUCAUGAGUUCAAACCCACGGGUUCUUCUCCUGGGGAGCUGGUCCAGGCCUGUCUUGGCCCAACAGCUUCGGGGGAGGUGUCAGGAGUAAAGUUUCACUCGGCUCUCCAAGAGAUCUAUACCCAAAAUGGACUUGUAGAUCGUAAUUUUGUCAACAGUGCUCCACAUCAUUUCAAUUCAGAAAAAUUUUUGGAGGGGCGUAAUCUCAUUACAGACGGUUUGGCAUCUAUCAAAGCUAAUGUUCGUGUUGAGAACUUCAAGUCUGCCAGGGAAACACUGGGUAAAAUUCUCCAUACACUACAGGACUUCUAUAGCCACAGUAACUGGGUUGAGUUAGGUUACACAAAACCAUAUGCUGCUCUCAUACGCCGUGACCUUCCCUUGGAAAACCUGGCAGACAUUGAUACUGCCACUUGCAGUGACUGCUGCAUUGGAGGGUGCCACAACACAAUUCUUCAAAAUAUCCUGAAUGAGAAGAAGCUAACUUCUGGUUACAUGGGAAUCUUUUCUGCUGACAAGCCUGAAGGUAAAUGUAGCCAUGGAGGUCAAGCUGAUCUCACAAGCACAGUAGCUCCUCGAGGAGGAAUCAACAAGGAUGAGAGUCGCGCUGACAACGCGGCCUUCCACGAUGUGGCUGUAAAUGCAGCCACAGUCGCAAGCCUCCAGCUGCUGGAGGACAUCCGAUUGACAGUGGGCAACAAUGACUUCCUAAGAUUGAUGGGAAUCGCCCGUUCCUCUGUUGUUUGUUUUGUCAUUGACAAUACUGCCAGUAUGUCAGAUGACAUUGAUGAGGCCAGAAAAGUUGUAUACAAAAUAAUUGACAGCAAAAAGGGAACACAAGAUGAGCCAUCUGAGUACAUUUUGGUAACCUUCAAUGACCCAUCAUUUGGACCAUUAUUCAGGACAACAGACCCUGAAAAAAUGAAAACAGAAAUUUCAAAGAUAGAAGCAACGGGAGGUGGUGACCUCCCUGAAAUGUGCUUGUCAGGACUUCAGUUGGCUCUCACCGGUUCUCCUGCCUCCUCCCACAUCUAUGUUUUCACAGAUGCAACAGCAAAAGACAUCAACUUGAAAAAUACCAUUGUGGCCCUCAUCAGAAGCACCAAGUCAACAGUCUCAUUCUAUAUCACUCCAAGCAGAAGACGCCAGCGUCGUUCUGUCAGGACUGCUUCCUUUGAUGACUACCGGGACUUGGCUUUGGCUUCAGGAGGCCAGGCUAUACAUGUGUCCAAGAGUCAAUUGGCUCAAGCCACAGACGUCAUUCUUGAUACCUCCACUUCAGCUUUGGUGACAGUUUAUCAGAGGACAAGGGAUCCUGGGAAGCCAGAGACUUUCCCUUUUGUGUUGGAUGAAUCUCUACAGAACAUCACUAUCUACAUAACAGGAUCAUCUAUAGCUUUUACAUUGACCAACCCUGAAGGCAUUAGCCAAAGUAAUACUGAAACCACUGGUGCACUGGCAUUCAUACAGACAGUGGGUAACCUAAGGAGAAUUCGUAUUAAAGCAGACAAACAGCCAGGCUCUUGGAAAAUCAGCAUCAACUCAAAACAACCAUACACAAUUAAAGUAACAGGUCAAAGUAUAAUUACCUUUAUCUAUGACUUUGUGGAGAACUUUAAGGGACCUCACCCAGGUUAUGCAGUGCUCAGUGGGCUUCCACAAGCUGGCCAGCCAGCCACUUUGAUCCUCGGGGUCAUGGGAAGAAAAGGUCCAUCCUCCAUCAGUGUAGAAAAUGUGAGCCUUGUAGUGCCCAACACUGGAGCUGAAAGUAAUGGUAUAGCAACUGAAAUGGGCAACGGCGAUAUACUGGUGACUUUUGCUGCGGUGCCUGCUGGGGAGUUUGUGGUCACACUGAAAGGAACUGACAAGGUGUCAGGCAAUGUGUUACAGAGGCAAUCUACUACUCAGUUGUCUGUCUCCAAAGUAAACAUCCAGGCCCUGGUGGACAGGAGUGUGGAGCCUGGGGAACACUUUAACCUACCUUUCAGUGUUAUGACACAAGGCCCAGGUGGUACAUUUUCUAUCAGUGGAAAAAAUGACAGAGGAUUCCCAAUGUUGUACCCAUUGAGCCUCACCCUGACAACUGGAGCAUAUACAAAUGGAGUCCUAACCAUUACGCCACCUUCUAACACAUCAUCAGGCACUGACGUCACUGUGACUUUAGAAGCCAAAUCACCCAAUAAUGUUGACUCCAAUUACGCUGUUCUGAGAUUAUCUGUUCUUACUAAGAUUACAGAUUUUGUGCAGCCUGUGUGCGAGGUGAUAAAUGUAUUAUCUGAUGACUGUCCCCAAGAUAUCUCUCAGUGUAAAUUUUUCGAGUGGGAGCUGUCCGCCAACCUGACUGAUGGAAAUGGAACGGGAAUAGAAAGAAUUUCCCUCAGACAAGGCAAUGGAACUUUAUCAUACACCUCACUGAGCGCCAAGAGUAUUCAGGCGAGCUACAACGCCUCCUGCUGCUCACAAAUUGUUGAAUUUGUAGCUAUUGAUGAAGUUGGCAACGUUGGGAAGUGCUAUCACUCUAUUCAACGAUCUGCUGGCAAUGCCAUUUCAAGUUCAUCUUUUCUUUCUUUGGGAUUGUGCCUUUUGAUAUCUGGGUGGAAUGUAAAACGCUGACUCACACAGAUCUAGUUUCGCCAUAAAAAUUCUGGAAUUAUAACACACUAUUUUGAUUUAAUAAA